AUGGGUUCCAGGUUCGAAGAACGAUUUCUCUCAGAAUAUGAUUGUACAACACCGACUCGUUACAUUCAUGAAUCCGAGUCGUCUAAUGUCUCUUCAAGGAUGUUUUACCGCUCUCCAAAUCUAAAAGCGAAGCAGUUCUUACGUGAUGAAGAAAUAGAUAUGUUUAAUGCUCGGCAACUGGCAAAACUCCUUGGGAUCAGAGCACCGGGCAUGAAGCGGACGGUCGAGACAGCUGAGAAUGUUUUUAUUGUUAUGGAGCGUAUUUACGGACAGACAUUGGAAGAAGCUGGAUUCACUCUGGGUAGUUUACGACUUUGCGACUGGCCUUGCAACUACGGCGGUUUAUUCACCGGAUGA